AUGAAUACCCCGCUGAAGUCAAAUCUGUAUGACAUUUCUCGCUCGAAAAAAUUGUACCCCAAGGGCAUCCCGGACAGCAUCGAUGAUGAUGCGUGCGACGAUGAGGACGAAACGGACUCAGAAGCCACCGUAGUGAACAAAGAAGGAAGCUUCUAUAAAAAAUUGUACUCCUUCAUCGAGUCCAAAUCAAGUUACAUUAAUUUGGUUCGAAAGUGCAGGGUUGAUAGGGACAUCGAAAACACGAGUGCCCCGAAGAAACGGUACCUUAGGACCAAUCGGAAGUUUCAAGACGAGGAGAAGACAGACCGGGAGAGUGCCCUAAAAACGAUCAGGGAAAUAGUUAAGAGGAAGUUCCCCAAGCGUGCCGAUGAAAAGAUAGACUUGUACUUGAAGGAAGUUAUAGGAAACCCGCCUCCAGAGAAUUGCGCCCUGCACAAGGUCCUGUACCAAAGAAACCAAAGCAAUUUGUUCGUGAAGCACAACCUAAUCAGCUACCUCCUGAACUUCCUGGACAACAAAACGCUGAUGAAACUGAAGGAGUGCUCAAAGAUAGACAACGAAGUGGUAAGUCUGUACCUUAGGAAAAUACUGCACACCUUAUCCUUCAAGGAUGAUGAAAUAAAGACUAAUAUCCACUACUGGAGAAAUGUAAUUAAUUAUUUUUUCUGCAAAACGGGUACCCUCAAACCACUGGACAGAAAGAACUACGAACCUGUCACGAAGGAGUUCGAGAAAAACAAAAGCUUCUGUGUAAUUACAGAAGACUCCAUGGAUUCAGAAAUAUACAUCAGCUUAGAUUACUUGAAUGAAAAAAUGAUUACAUCCUGUACACACAAGAAUCCACUACCAUAUACAUGUGAUCUUACGAACGUACCAAAAGGAGUGGAAACUUUUUUAAAAAGUGAAAAAAUUUCGAUUGUCGAUUUUGUUCAGGAAUACUACAAAAGACUCAUAGUUAAUGAUGAUGAGUUAAUGUGGCACAUAUGCCAUUUCAGAAAAUCCCGUACAUUUUUAACUCUGCUCCUUCUCGAAUACCUUAAGUGUAUGCUUCACGUGUUAGAUAAAUACAAUGGCAAUUGUGUUUUUAAAAAAACAGAAUACUUGGUUAACUGCGGACACCAUAUUACGCAUCGAAUUUGGAUCCAAAUGUUUUAUGACUAUGGUUAUGAAACAUUAGGUAAUAAUAAAGAGGAAAAGGGAGACUUAAACAAGGGACAGAGGACUACGGGGGGGUUCUCCAAACGUGAUAGUACUAAACAGAAGAAUGAAGCACAGAGCGAUAAUACAAUUAAUAAAACACUUUACUUAACCAUUGCUGACCAUUUCAAGUGGGAUGCAUAG